AUGAAACGAGCAACAGAUCCAACUCUAGCAGGGCCGCAGCAAAAGAGGCCCAACACCACCGAGCUCAGCCAGGAAGAGUCCGUUGCCGACGUCGAUAUGUCUCCCUCCUCCUCCUCCUCCUCCUCCUCCUCCUCUGCCGCCGCCGCUCCUCAAGAUUCCAAGGACUUUUUCAAGCCCAUUGGCGAAUAUGUUACCGAUGACAGCCAGCAAGCUCCUUCCAACGCUACUGGCGCUGAGGGCGAGCAGGAGCCAAAGAUGGUCGAAGAGAUCAGCUCCCUCUGCAUGGAGUGUCACGAACAAGGUACCACUCGUAUGCUUCUAACCUACAUCCCUUACUUCCGUGAGGUGAUCGUCGUCUCCUUCUUCUGCCCUCAUUGCGGCAACCGUAACAGUGAGAUCCAGUCCGCUGGUCACAUUCAGCCCAAAGGUUGCUUUUACACUGUCCACGUCACCAACACGCAAGAUUUGAACCGUCAGGUCGUUAAGUCUGAACACUGCACCGUCAAGAUUCCCGAGCUUCAGAUCGAGAUCCCUCCCAAGAAGGGUCAGUUGACCACCAUCGAAGGUAUCGUUUCGGAUAUGCUUCGCGAUCUUGAGCUUGACCAGCCGCUGCGGAAACACGUGCAGCCUGAGGUGUAUGCCAAGAUCGAAGAGGUUUGCGAUAAGUUGAGGCUAAUUCUCGGUCAAGAGAAGGCCAGCGAGGAUGAUGGUGCCAAGGAGGAGCACGAGCUUGGUGCAUCUGGUUUGCGAAGUCUAGGACCUGUCGGUGGCAGCUCUUCCAACAUGACUUCCGAGGAGAAGGCCAACCGUACCUUCCCGCCCUUCUCGAUCCGUCUUGACGACCCUUCCGGCAAUUCGUUUGUCGAGUUUAUGGGCGAUAUCAAGGCUCGUGGUAUGUCGGAUGCUAAAUGGAGCAAGCGUGACUACCCCCGUACCAAGGAACAGAACCAACUUCUCGGUCUCGACGGCAACGCCGCUGCACAAGACGAAGGACUACACACCACCGGCUUCGACAAAUCCGCCGGCGAAACUGAAUUCGACAACGAACAAGUCUUCACCUUCGCCGGCAUCUGUUCCUCCUGCAACGCUCCUCUCGACACCCGUAUGAAGAAAGUCAACAUCCCCUACUUCAAAGACAUUCUCAUCAUGUCGACCAAUUGCGAAAACUGCGGUUACAAAGACAACGAAGUCAAAUCAGGCUCAGCCAUCUCGGAACAAGGUCGCAAACUCACCCUGAAAGUACAAGACAAAGAGGAUCUCUCUCGGGAUGUGCUCAAGUCCGAGACCGCUGGAUUUGCCAUCCCGGAGAUUGAUUUGCAUUUGGCACCUGGAACGUUGGGUGGAAGGUUUACCACCUUGGAAGGCUUACUGCAGCAGGUGUAUGACGAGUUGAGCGACAGGGUGCUGAUGAGGGGUGAUUCGAGUACUCAGAAGAGUAACUUUGAAGGCUUUUUGAAGAAAUUGAAGAGUGUCAUUAGUUGCGAGACACUGCCGUACACGGUCAUCUUGGAUGAUCCCUUGGCCAACUCGUACAUUCAGAACCCGUAUGCGCCCGAUCCGGAUGAACAGAUUGAGGAGGAGAGAUACACGAGGUCCUAUGACCAGAAUGAGGAUUUGGGCUUGAAUGAUAUCAAUGUUGAUAACUAUCAGGAGGAGGCUAAUGCUGCCGCUCUUCCUGCUGAGGCUCGUCCUGGUGCUGGUGCUGGUGCUGGUGCGCAGUCGUAA